CCCAGCGACAGCACAAUGAACGCUGAGCUGGAAAGUCUGCUCUCCGCCGAGACCGCAAAGGAGCGUGAAGUGAAGCGUGUCAAUGACGAGAUUAUGGAACUACUGAGCACCCCGUCUGUCAUGGAAAGAGUUGUCACGGAAAAGUUCAAAUCCCAAGGAGAAUCACUCGGCGACUGCUCGUUUCUCAACACCUGCUUCCACGUGGAGACCUGCAAGUACGUGCACUAUGAAAUCGACCCGGCGGAUUUGACCACAGAUGAGGCAGUGGCUGCAGCCGGCGCCUACAAUCGCGGCCAACUUUGUCCUCAAACUCUCGGAGGAGGCUCAAAACGACAGGUGGACCCGGCGGCUGAUAGCAAGUCGGAUGCAGUUAACGGUGAAAACAAGUCGAUCGUACCACGCUGUGCCCCUGUAACCGCGGCUAGCGAUGUGCCAAUGUAUGCCCCACAGUGGAUCAACUGUGAUAUCCGCCAGCUGGACAUGACCUUCCUGGGCAAGUUUGCAGUCAUUAUGGCCGAUCCGCCCUGGGAUAUUCACAUGGAACUACCCUACGGGACCAUGUCGGACGACGAGAUGCGACGGAUGGAUAUCCCCUGUCUACAGGAUGAUGGCUAUAUUUUUCUCUGGGUGACUGGAAGAGCAAUGGAACUUGGUCGUGAGUGUCUCAGCCUCUGGGGUUAUGAACGCUGCGAUGAGAUCAUUUGGGUGAAGACCAAUCAGUUGCAACGUCUCAUUCGCACCGGACGAACGGGCCAUUGGUUGAAUCACGGGAAGGAGCACUGCCUUGUCGGUGUCAAGGGUAAUCCACAGUGUAUGAACAAGGGCCUCGACUGUGAUGUCAUUGUGUCGGAAGUGCGAGAGACGAGCAGAAAACCGGAUGAAAUCUACGGGAUUAUCGAAAGGCUGUCGCCGGGCACUCGGAAGAUUGAGCUUUUUGGUCGUCCACACAACUUGCAGGCAAAUUGGAUAACCCUUGGAAACCAGCUGGACGGUACCUACUUGAUCGACCCAGUGGUCGUGGACCGCUACCGCAAACGUUACCCCAACGGGGCAGAGUGCAAAGGCGACAAGUCUUAA